AGGGAGAGGUGCGAGCAGGUGAGACCUCUGGUUUGGACCCCAGGAGACCUUCUCUUUUAGAAGCACCAGAGCACCCGGCCACCCAAGACAAAGCCAACCAGCAGUUAAAGCAGUCUGAGCUUCUCUACCCAAGGUCUGCAGGACCAGGAGAACGCACAGGUCUGAGCACAGACAUCAAAGAAGGGUGAAAUUAGGGAAGAAAGAUGUUUCUGAUUUUUUUUUUUUUUUGGGCAGUCCUGGGAAGCGAGCCCAGGUCCUCAUGCAUGCUAGGCAUCUGUGCUCUCCCACUGAGGUAUGUCCCCAGCCUCCCUGUGCAUUUUGCAUUUGGAUGUCAAAGACAGAAAAACCCUAGAUGAAAAUAAUGAUAGAGGAAAUCUAACUCGGGUACGAUCAGAAAUAAUUUUGUCUGAUUUUGAAAAGCAUUUUUCUCUUUUUUAAAUUAGUACUUUUUAAAAAUUAUACAGAAAAUUGGACUUUAUGUGUUCCAUCAUGGUGCUUUUAAUGUGGACAUCUGUUAACUCAAAAGAUACCAUAUAUUUAACAAGUAUUUCCUGGGGCCUACUGUGAAUCAGCAAAUCUGCUACUGCUAAAGACACAGGUGGGAACAGAAGCAGCCUGGAGCCCCUUCUCCAGGAGGUUAGGACCCCUACUUUCUUUUGCGUGUUGGGGCUGGAGGGCCCUGUUGUGCACGCUCAGCAGAGCUGAUACAUCCCCAGCCCUACGGGUCUCUUACAAUCUGCAGAGCAUUUGGGGCGUUGCUGGUUCUUCCUCCUAAUCAACCCGAAUAAGACAGGGGAAAUGACAAGACUUUAAAAACAAGUUUUGCCUUGGGAAGAGAUAGAAGCCCAGGGAGUGGCUGUCUCUGGGACCUAUUGAGCAGGGUCAAGGGCAGCUACCUGGGGGUGCUUCCUUUGGAUCUCAUUGGAGCUGGGACUGUCACCGAGGCGAAUAGGAACUGGUUUCUCAUGAACCAGUGCAUUUGCUUUUAUUUUACUUAUGUUUUUCUGAAGGACAACUGGGAGAAGCAGAGGAUUGAAGGUUGGGUACUUGUGAGAGAAAAAAAACAGAGCUGUAUAUUUCAUUAUACCCUACAGGGAUAGGUUAGGGGUUCACCCCAAAGCCCCUCCCAGCUAGAUGCCCAUUCAUCCUUGGGUGGGGAUGCUGUAACUCCAAUCAGACAACAGUGUUGGACAAUGUAGCUCAGAGGCUUAGCACACACUGCGCUGACUCUCUAGGUUUGAAUUCUGACUCCAUCCCUUAUUGCUGUGGGACCUUGGGCAAAUCACUUAGCUUCUCUGUCCCUCAGUUUCCUUAUCCAUAAAAUAGGAAUAACAGUGGCAACCUUAUAAGUGAUGAAGAUUAAGUAAGAUAAUGCAUUUAGCAUAUAAUACUUGGCAGAUGGUAAUUAUUAUUAUUGGUAUUUUUUUAUUAGUGUGUUGAAAGGGUUUCCUUUCUUGUGAUGGGGUACAGACUGCUUUUGAGCAUAUAUUUCUGUCUUCUUUCGCAAGAGGUGGUCAAGUUUGUAAAAAGAGUGGAAAUCCAUCUGUAACAUUAAUGUGGGAAGUUAGGUCUUCCCUGGUGGCAACCAGAAGUUGGAGUUGAUGUGUCUUUCACAAAGUCCAGCACAGUGCCUGGCACAGAGAAGGCUUUCAGCCAUAGUUCCAUAAAUGAGGAACUAAACUUGGUUUAAGAUAUCUCUCCACCUCUGCUCACCAUCUUUUGUGGAGGGUGUUCCUGGCCAGGGUGCAUAGACAUUGCAUGGGAAAACCUUCGAAAGGUUUCCUUAGAAGUGAAUUGGCCUUCAAGCUCUGCUUCACCUUCAAACCCCCAGGAGCCCCUGAGGAGGGUCUUCCUAAGGUCAGGUUGAGAUAGGCAGGGCCUCAGGAGCCUGGCCUGGCCAACAGGGAAGGUAAGCACUUCACUGAAAGGACAACUCUUGGCGUUGUUCACCGCGGCACUCCUGAACUAUCACGGAGGAUGAGAGUGCCAGGAAGUGCAGUCAUGGUGUUGAGAACCGCGGUGGUGAUUGCAGGACUCCAAGCUGCUGCUCAGUCAAAAGAGGAAAAGUAUGUCCUACAAGAGGGGGAGACCCUGACAGUGGACUGUCCCUCCAACAGGAAGUAUGCCUACAGCCAGAAGGCUUGGCAGAGGUUGAGGAAUGGGGAGGAGCCCCAGACACUGGCUGUCACAGAAAGAUCUCAGGGGACACUCAAUCAAAUCCAGGUGGGGAGGUACAUUCUCAGAGAUGACCCUGCGGAGUCCAUGUUUCAGGUCCGAAUGAUCAACCUUCAAGUGGAGGACUCAGGACUGUAUCGGUGUGUGGUCUACUAUCCUCCUCCCAAGGAGCCUGACCUCCUGUUCCAUCCUGUCCGCCUGGUGGUGACCGCGGAUCCUUCAACUAAGCGUACUUCUGACAAGAAUUCUACCCCUAAAUUGGCUCCUACUACCAUCCGUCCCACCACCCUUCCUACCACGAAGACCCUGAGAACAUUCUAUACCAGCUCCAGAACGGUGGUCCAAUCCCUACCCAUGUCAACAGCUGUCAUCCCCCCGAACACCACAGUCAACCCCACAGAUGCCAUCAGCUCACCCUCUUCCUGCCUUGGACAACGAAGUGACGAGGAGAGGAAAAUCCCAGGCUCCCUGUGUUCAGCAUUGUCGUUCCUGUGGCCUGUGGAAUCCUCAUUAAGAGCCUGGUCUUCACUGUCCUGUUUGUUGUCACUCAGAGGUCAUUUGGACUCUAGACCCAGGAACCCACGACAGUGACCCUGACCUCCAUCCAUGUCCACCUGGCAGUUGUUGGAAGCCAAGUGGAGAGGGACCUGAAUCGAAAAUGUGCCCUCAGGUGAUUCCUAGGCCAGGAUUGCCCGCUCCCUGGCCCUGUCCACACGGAUCACCCUCAGAAGAGAAGACGUGACUCCCGGCAGGACCCAGCUCUCCAUUCCAUCCGCAGCUUGGCAUGAAAUCAAGACAGAGUCCAGUGCUUUCCACUGCCCUCUCCUGCGGGGUUGUGAGGUUCAAUGGGCACAGCUGAAAUUGCUGACCCGUGUCCUUACCCUGGACUAUACAAUUUAGGCCACAUGGACAGAACUUAGAAGCAUCCUCCUUCCCCCGCCACUGGAGCGAGCCUCCCUCUCUCGAGAAUCAGAUGCCUGGUUUCUCUUUUCAUCGUGAUUGUCCCAACAUUCCUACCCAUGGAACAAGGAGAAGAGAAGAUGCCACGGUGGGAAUUAAGUAACUGGGAAUGAGAAAGUGACGCUGACGGCUCGUCCUGGGAAAGCACAGGAGACAAGAUGGGCGUGUAGGACGAUGGGUGGAUGGAACCCGCCUUGCCGGGUGCGCUUUGUCUCUGGACCCUGAAGCUAACCCAUGAAGGUGGAAGUGUAUGUGACCAAGGUGAGGCCACGCGAGUCACACCUAGUGGCAGGAAGGAAAACCAGACUCUUUUGCUGAGGGGAUCCAUAGCCAUGUGGAGAGCAAGGAGUUCUGCCUCUCGUCCUUGAAUCACAUGAGGGGCAGUCAUGGCAGGGUGAUAGUAGCCCACCACUGAGGCUAUGGAGGCUGUCCCUGUGGGCCCCUUACCUCUCACUCACCAUCCUCCUCCAUUUGGUCUGCACCCAACUCCCCUGACGGCUCCCAUGCUGUUUCUGGGACCCUCCUACUGUGCCCCAUGAAAUAGGUAUGCAGGCCACCCACGUGUGUCCCCCAGCCUCAUACCAGGACUUCCUAUCUCCUAUCUUUGGGUUCUAAAGCAAAAGGGUCCUUCCAAUUCAGCAAUGGUCAAGGUCAUUUUCAUCCUAAAGCCUCCAAGAGCAAACACACCUUGCCACGUAGCAUCUGUCUCACGCCAGAAAAAUAUAUUCCUAUAAUCUCCAAGACUUUCCCCUCCUCCUGUGGGGGAAAAAAUACCUAGUUCUCAGGUGCAUCCUUCCAUCCCAUGAGGACCCCCUUCUAAUGAAUAUUGCACUGUCUGAACCUACCCAGGGAUGGCACUGACCUCAGAGAUGAUUUCUGAUCCCCCAGUUUUGAGUCCAUUUGAAGGGGUGUGAGUGGAAUUCAGUUCGUCCUGGAGCUCUGGCCAGUCUGCAGAGAAGAGAGAAGGACUUAUCCAGAAGUUGAGCAUCUCAUCUCCUUCCCUGUCUUGAACUGAGCAGCUCAGAUGCAGCGACUAUGUGACACAGCGUUUGCAUCCUGAGGUGGCUGGUCUGGGACCUGCAUUUUAGCAGUUUCGAUGUUGCUCCAGUUUAUGAAGGUGACCAAAAAAAAAAAAAAAAAAAACAGGUCGGGGUGGGGGGAGACACUGUAAUUAGAUGCUGUCCAGAAGAGGCAGGACACACUGGAGCAGUGUUGCCCAAAUGGCAUCCCUUAAAACACCUGCAUUGCAUUAUCUGGAAGCAUAAGACACAUGCUCAGCUUCCGGGGCUCCUGCGGACCUGUCGCAUCAUAGCAUACAGUUCUCUUCAUGCUUCUCAGGUUUGUUUCAAAGAAAUCAUAAUGCUGUCUGUUAAACACCAUGACAUCCAGUUGCAUGGCCUGGUGUGCUGUGUGAGUCAUUGAAUUACAGGUUAAGUUGUAUUUAAGUCCAAUAAAUGAUGUUUGCCUGGAAA